AAUGUACAGGCAGCUAAGACAUUUUGGGUUGGAUACUCUUUUCUACCAUGAUAUUUAGAGGCAUCUAAGGGUGAGACUUUUACACGAAUGUGUGUUCCAUCAAUUGCACCUACACAAUCCUUAAAGUAUAGCCCGCAUGUUCUGCUCUUCUCGACCCCCUGCACCCGAGAGAGAAAAAAAAAAGAAGGAACCAAGCAAGCCGCCGGCCCCAGCCUUGAGAAACCGGUGAGAAAGCUUGGAUUUCUCCUCCUUUUCUUGUUCUUGAACCCAGAAAUUCUUUCCCCUUGCUGGAAAAGCCGGAUCUGCCUUGCUCUGCUUCUUCACCACCGGCUGCUCUUGCCUUGUGGGGGCGAAUUGGCUUGGUUUUUUGUUCCCGUGAGUUUCUCCCCUGCACUUGCCGCCAGCUUCUCCCCCCUGCUAGGCCCGGUUCUGCUAGCUGCAAAUUCUGGUUCUUGAUCGUUCUGUCAGUUAGCACUGAGAUUGAGUGCUCGAUUUUAUGGAGUGAAUUCUCAGUUUUAUGCAAGUGAGGUAAGUAAAUUUAUGGUAAUGCCCGUACUGUUUUUAAAAGCAUGUUUUGAUUUGUUUUUGAAGUGGUGGCGGGACUAAACCCGUUUUGCACGAGCAUGACUAAUUUGAAGUGAAAUGUUUUAUGCUUUUCAUUAAAUUGAGCAUGCCUAUUUGAAAGUUUAAAUGACUAUCCUGAUGAUUUGAAAGUGAUUGUGAAUCGUGAUUUUCCUGUUAACUUUUGCCUGUUUUGUCUCCGAUAUGGUCAUGUUACUCGUGUGCCCGCUAGUGGGAGGUUUAUAAACGCUAGCACAUGUCGACAUGUUAGUGAAAGAGCCGGUUCGUUCAACCCUGCUAGUGGGGGUUAUACACCAGCAAAUCGUGUGCCCGCCAGUGGGAGGUUUAUAAACACUGGCCGUGACCUAUAGAGGAGACGUCUAUUUCAUGCCCGUACUGUAUCUGUUUUCGUGACUGUACGUGUUGGCAUGCUUUAAGUUUGAUAAGGGGCACUCCAUAUUUACUUACUGAGUUUAUCUCAUAGUUUUUCCUUGUCCACCAUUUUAGGAUGUGAAACCGAGGACGGGGAAACCACGGGAAGUGAGGAGUUAGAAGGCUAGCCUUAUUGUAAUUGGAUAUAAAUUUUAGAAAUAAAUCAUGAUCUUGUAUUAGGAGAUUUUAUGAUAUCAGAGAGAUUUUAUAAUUUGAUUUUCAGAUU